AUGUCUCUCUUUAGAAAUCUAAUUCAACACUCUACUUCCAAAUCCAAACCUCUCUUAACAAACCCAAACUUCCUCUUCACUUCACUCUCUCACUUCACCACCGACACGCAUACCUCGCCGUCACUGACGCGGUACGCGGGUCUUGAGCCCACGAAGGGAGAUGAGAAGCCGAGAGUCGUGGUGCUGGGCUCUGGUUGGGCAGGAUGUAGGUUAAUGAAAGGAUUAGACACUGAAUUAUACGAUGUCGUUUGUGUCUCGCCAAGAAACCACAUGGUUUUCACGCCUCUCUUGGCUUCAACUUGUGUUGGGACUUUGGAGUUUAGGUCCGUGGCUGAACCCAUUGGUCGGAUCCAACCUGCCAUUUCGAAAGCACCUGGAUCUUACUUUUUUCUUGCUAAUUGUACUGGCCUUGAUGCAGAGAAACACACGGUGGAUUGUGAGACAGUUACUGAUGGGUUGGACACGGUGGAUCCAUGGAAGUUUAAAAUUUCUUAUGAUAAGUUAGUAGUUGCAAUGGGAGCUGAGGCGUCGACCUUCGGAAUUCAGGGUGUGAAAGAGCAUGCUAUUUUUCUUAGAGAAGUUCACCAUGCUCAGGAAAUUCGCAGGAAGCUACUGCUCAACUUGAUGCUGUCCGAGAUGCCUGGUAUUUCAGAAGAAGAGAAGAGCAGAUUGUUACAUUGUGUGGUUGUAGGAGGUGGUCCCACAGGAGUUGAAUUCAGCGGUGAACUCAGUGAUUUUAUCAUGAGAGAUGUUCGUCAAAGAUAUGCCCAUGUGAAAGAUUAUAUCCAUGUUACUUUGAUUGAGGCAAAUGAGAUCUUGUCUUCCUUCGAUGAUAGCCUUCGUCAUUAUGCUACUAAGCAGUUGACAAAGUCAGGAGUUCGUCUUGUCCGUGGGGUUGUCAAGGAUGUUAAAUCUCAGAAGCUAAUUCUUACAGAUGGCACAGAGGUUCCAUACGGUCUGCUGGUGUGGUCUACAGGUGUUGGCCCCUCACCAUUUGUAAAAUCUCUGGAAUUUCCUAAGUCUCCUGGUGGACGAAUUGGUAUUGAUGAGUGGCUGCGAGUUCCCUCUGUGCCAGAUGUUUUUGCAAUUGGUGACUGCAGUGGGUUUCUUGAAAGUACUAGCAGACCAGUUCUCCCUGCGUUGGCUCAGGUGGCAGAGCGACAAGGAAAAUAUCUUGCAAGUUUAUUGAAUAAAAUUGGUAAAGAUGGUGGAGGGCACAGAAACUGUGAUAAAGACAUAGAAUUUGGGGAUCCAUUUGUUUACAGGCAUCUGGGAAGCAUGGCAACUAUUGGUCGCUACAAGGCACUUGUAGAUCUUAGACAGAGCAAAGAGGCAAAAGGAUUGGCUCUGAAAGGGUUUACUAGUUGGUUUAUAUGGCGUUCUGCAUACCUAACUCGUGUUAUAAGCUGGAGGAAUAGGUUCUAUGUGGCUAUUAACUGGGCUACAACAUUUGUCUUCGGUCGUGAUAUAAGCAGAAUAUAA